AUGGCCACCUCCGUCGCCAACACCGUUCGAGAUAUUGGAAAUUCAGCCGCCGAAUCCGUCCAAAGCAUGGCUCAGAACAAGAAGAUCGCCGACCUGGAAAAGAACAAGAAGAAUCAGCAGGACACCAAGCAGAACACUACCACUGACUUUGGUACCAAAGUCUCAGAUGUUGACCACUGGCUGAGGAUUGCCGAUGAGAAGAGCGGAAGAAUUGGGCCUACUUUUCUCGAAGAUCAAGUGGCCCGAGAACGCAUUCACCGCUUCGAUCAUGAGCGCAUCCCCGAGCGAGUUGUCCAUGCACGCGGUGCUGCUGCUCACGGUCACUUCAAACUCUUCGAGAGUGCCGAAGAUGUCACCUCCGCCGGCGUACUGACAGACACCUCUCGGACCACACCAAUCUUUGUCCGAUUUUCCACCGUGCAAGGCAGCAGAGGCAGUGCAGAUACUGUUCGUGAUGUCAGAGGGUUUGCUGUCAAGUUCUACACCGAUGAGGGCAACUGGGACAUUGUGGCCAACGAUAUCCCAGUGUUUUUCAUCCAGGACGCCAUUAAGUUCCCGGAUCUCAUCCACGCCGUCAAACCGGAGCCAGACAACGAAGUCCCACAGGGGCAAACUGCUCACAACAACUUCUGGGAUUUCGUCUUUCUCCACAAGGAGGCAACCCACAUGUUCUGUUGGGCCAUGUCCGACAGAGGCAUUCCUCGUUCCUACCGCAUGAUCCAGGGUUUUGGUGUCAACACCUUUGCUCUCAUCAACGCCAAGGGAGAAAGAACAUACUGCAAGUUCAUCUGGACACCCGAACUUGGCGUCCAUUCGCUGGUUUGGGACGAGGCUCUUAAAUUAGCCGGCCAAGACCCCGAUUUCCACCGCAAGGAUCUGUGGGAGGCCAUCGAGAAUGGGGCCUACCCCAAGUGGAAGUUCGGUCUGCAGUGCAUCAAGGAUGGCGACCAAGAUAAAUUCGACUUUGACAUCCUCGAUGCCACAAAGGUUUGGCCUGAGGAGCAGGUGCCUAUUCGCUACAUUGGUGAAUUGGAGCUCAACCGCAACGUUGACGAGUACUUUGCCGAGACCGAGCAGGUGGCUUUCUGCACCAGUCACAUCGUCCCUGGCAUCGACUUUAGUGAAGAUCCACUUCUGCAGGGUCGGAACUUCUCCUACCAAGACACUCAAAUCACCCGCUUGGGUGUGAACUGGGAAGAAUUGCCAAUCAACCGUCCAGUCUGCCCCGUUCUGAAUUUCAACCGCGAUGGCCAGCUCCGUCACACGAUCUCCAAAGGCAAAGCAAACUACUGGCCCAACAGAUGGGAAGCCAACCCACCGACUAGCCACAGCGGCUCAGGUGGAUUUGAGUCGUACCCAGCACAGUACCCCGGCGUCAAGGCGCGUAUGCUCACCCACAAAUGGAAGGACUAUCUGUCGCAAGCGCAACUGUUCUUCAACUCCAUGUCCGAGAUCGAGAAGAAGCACAUGGUCGAGGCGUUUUCCUUUGAAUUGGACCACUGCGACGACGACAUUGUCUACGAACGCCUAGUCACUCGUUUGGCGGAGAUUGAUCUGUCGCUCGCCCAGGCCGUUGCCAAGAACUGCGGUGCGAAGACUCCUGAGAAACAGAUUGCCCCGAACCAUGGCAAGAAGGCCAAGGGUCUCAGCCAAUUCGACUACCUGCCCGAGCAGCCCACGAUCAAAGGCCGUCGCGUUGCCAUCCUCAUUGCAGAUGGAUUCGAUCUCCAGGCGUAUGAGGCCAUGAAGGCAGCAGUACUGGCGCAGAGCGCUGUCCCAUGGACGAUCGGGACAAGACGUCAGCCUCUUGUGGCCUCCGAUGGCUCUUCGCAGGUCAAGCCUGACCAUUUCCUGAAUGGUCAACGAUCCACCAUGUUCGACGCCCUCUUCAUCCCGGGUGGCGCCAAGUCUGCCGACACGCUGAAGGAGAUUGCCCUGGCACGAUUCUGGGUCAAGGAAGCCUUUGGCCACCUCAAGGCCAUCGGCGCCGUUGGCGAGGGUGUGCAACUCGUUCACGCUGCUCUUACUGAGGUCCAGAAUGUAACUCUGGCCUCUGAAGGAAGCGACGACGUUGUGGAUUGGUAUGGUGUUGUCACGGCCAACAAACCAGACACGGGAAGCGGUGUCAAGGACAGCAUCAAGAUGGUUAAAGAAGCAAAGGACUUUACGAGCAAGUUCUUCUGGAACAUCUCGAUGCAUCGGAACUUCCCCAGAGAACUGGACGGCUAUGCGGAGCAGGUGUCCAUCUAA